AUAUAAACACCAUAGCCUAUCUAUUAACUUCCCCACAAGCCAAGCAAAACCAAAUCAAAACUCCAUAACUCCAUGGAUUUUCUCAAGAACGCCUUAGACGGUGGCCACGAGUCCGACCAAAAACCUUCCGACCACUCCGGCCAUUCGAACGCCGACCUCUUCUCCAGUGCUAAGGUGGUGGCCGAAGCCGCUCAAGCCCAGUUACAGAACAAGAAUUCCGAAAUCGACAAACGGGAAGUGGCCGGCGCCGCAGCUAACCUCCUCGACGCCGCCCAAAAAUACGGCAAGCUAGACGAGACCACGGGAGUCGGGCAGUACGUGGAGAAAGCGGAGGGCUAUCUCCGGGGGUACGGCCAGCCUGCCGCCGCCGCCGCCGGUGAAGCGGUGGAGGAAAAUGCUAAGCAGGGUGAAGACUCCCUGAAAAAGGAACCCUCCGGCGAGAGCCACGGUGGCGCCGGAGAUUUCAUGAAGGCGGCCGGAGAUUUUCUGAAGAGGGAUUAACAAACUUUAUUAUUAACAUGUUAUGUACUAUGGUUUACAUCUUCUACUUCUAAUUUGCUGGUCUGUUGUAAUAAUUAUUGAUAAUGUGGAGCAUGUGCUUAUGCAUGAUUAUAUUGCAUAUAUGUAUUCACUGUCCAUGUUAAUCUGCUUCAUAUAUAAUAAAUAUGGUUGUUUUUAAAUUUU